GGUGACGCGUCCGUGCAGAGCAACAGACGCCUUUAUACACAGUUGCCGAGAUUCACGUCGUCCAUGGGUUGCAUACACCGCUUUCUUUGCACUAGACAUCGGCGAAACAUGUAUUAUUCGGCCAUAUUUGGAUCGGAACCCGUGACCCUCAGCUGACACCUUGACUACUGGUUAGCAAUUAGCUUACCUGGUCUGAUACACGAGAGAUGGCUGGAGAGUUGUACCCACCACAUGAGUCCAUUCACAAUUUCAUUGAGAGGACUGUUAUCAUCGAGAAGCCGCAAAGGUACGUGUCAAAGUUCAGGCCGACGGUUCUCGAAGAGAAUCGGUCAACAAACUACACGAAAACGAUGGGCCCAACCAAACUGGAGGUGCCCAUCCCGGCCAAUUACCUGAAAAAGCACUCCAAAGAACCCAAACUACCCGAGAUCAAACAGGUCAAGGGUCAUUACCCCUGUACAGCGAAGAAACCGGGCAUCCCUACGGGGCCAUUUCUGCCGCCAGUGAGCACCCCGACGAAGAGGAAGACCGCCACGACGAAGGGGCCCAAACAGACGCCGUGUGUCGUUGACACAAACAAGGGACACAAGGAGUACCAUAAUAGAAACUCGGGACUUGUUCCUGUGUACAUAUGGAAAAAGGAUUAUGGAGAAGUACCAAACUAUCUGAUGCGGCGCAAAGCAAAGCAUCAAAAGGCACUGGAAGAAUACAACAUGAAUCUGAAAAAGCAGGAGCAGCACGAAACCAUGAAGUACCUUUCCGACAAGGAAUGUCAGGCCAUCAUUGAGGACCUGAAGCAGAAAUACAACGAGCUGAAUGCAGAGUACCUGCGCCUCCCAUUUAUGAUCGACACCCCGUCCAUGAAGAAUCGUAAGGUGCGUCUGGAGGUGGAAAUGAAGCAGCUGGAGGAUGACAUUAAACUCCUUAAUAGGUUGGAGUCCAUCUGCAAAAACAAGUAGCACACGGAUGUGCAAACAGGGUGCCUACCAUCGUUGUCAUCAACUGAACUCAACUAGUGGACAAUAGAAACGUGAGGUCACGUGGAUGAUUUAACUUGAAUGUUUUGAUUGAAAAUUGCUGUUUGGCCUCGUACAGAUAAGAGGACCUGCGCCGAGCAGUUUCAACAUUGUUGAUUCGAGUUUGAAAAAAAUGUAUUUUUACAUUCUGCUGGAAGUGGGCUUGAGCUAUUCCUCUUUUGGGGGAUGUUGUACUAUUGUUGUCAUACAAUCGAAUAUUUAAAAAAUGAAAUGCACAAAUGAAUGAGUGUGAAGUAUGCACUCGGCUUCACAAAAUCUGUCC